CAGCAUAUCCCGGCCAGGUGCAAGGAUUGCCCAUGCCAUGCUCGGCGCUAUCGACAAACGAGGCUUCUUGUACACCGUGUCGAGCACGUAUAGAAAGUGGUGGACGGAGGAGACGCACUACCGGUACGCCCAGGUACUCUCCUGCUUCAUGGAACAGUACAAGGGCAUCGUCGACCGCAAGCUCCAUCUCAGGCUUACUUCGUCCGGAACCUCCGAAAUGAACGUCGCCGACAAUGCAGCACCGGAAGUACUUUUCGAGGCUUUCCGUCAGACAGUCGACGACAUGGACAUUGACAACCGGCGCUUCUCCAUGUCUGGACUUGGAAAAUUCACUCUGGAUCAGCUCUUCUUUAUUUCCUAUGCCAUGGGAUUCUGUGAAGAGCAGAAGGAGGACUUCCUUAGGAAGCAAAUACUCCAUGGUACGACAAGUCCGGCGAAGUACAGGGUGAAUCUCCCGUUCAGCAACAUGCCGUCGUUUGCCAAAGCUUUUGGCUGCUCCGAGGAUAGCCCCAUGAACAGGACACUGCGAUGCACCUUCUGGUGACGCCACCUGCCACCUCGCCAACCAGCUCCAGUUGACUCUGCUUCGUUUACGCGAGUUGCUGCCCCGGCUGUGUUUGCUUGACUGCGCUUUUCGGACGGAUGAUUCAAAUAAACAUUUUCUAGCGGAACUUGAGGUUCAUGUGGAAGAUGUAAACUCGGUUUUCUGAAGAAACAUAUUAAGUUGUGAUUUAUCCGUAAAUGCGAGAGAAAUGUGCAAGCAUUACGUGGCAUCUCUGUGAGGUCCCGAAUCCCGGAUUUAAACUGU